GCUGUGCGGGGAAAACAAGCCCUGGGCUCCUCCAGCCGAGCCGCACAGACCGUGUCCCUGCAGCCGGCGCUCACCUCUCGCUCGGCGCCGCGGCGGUGCUGAACCUGGGCCGGGGAGGAAAGCGGAGAGCGACGCGGCGGGGAGAGCCCGGGGAGCUGUUCGGCGCCGCCUGCCCGGCGCUGGGCUCCCCAGCAAGCGCCGCUGCCCCCUCGGGGUUCUCGGAGGAGAGGCGACGAGCGGAGCUGCCGGCGGCCGCGCCGCGCUCUGAUGGCUUAGGAGACCCGUGCGAGCUGGAGCCGCCCCGGAGACCUGCCCCGGGACCUUGCCGCAAGGGGGAAGCGCAAGACGGGCGCCCCGGACACUGGUGCUAAUUGAUGUGAGAGCCAGCAGCGAGGAAGAGGCAUGGGCCAGCGCGGGGCCAACGACCUGGCCAGCGCCGCUGCCUUGGGGAAUUUGGAGAAGGUGAUGGAGCUGCUGGACCAGAGGGCGGACCCCAACGCAGUCAAUUCCUACGACAGGACGCCGAUCCAGGUCAUGAUGAUGGGAAACACCCGGGUGGCGGAGCUGCUGCUGCAGAGAGGAGCGGAUCCCAACCGCCCGGACCCGCGCACCGGCUCCCUCCCAGUGCACGAUGCGGCGCGAGAAGGUUUCCUGGACACCCUUGUGGCGCUGCACCGAGGCGGGGCUCGCUUGGAUCUAGGGGACAAAUCGGGCCGCCUCCCCAUUGACCUCGCUCUAGAGAGCGGGCAUCAGCAAGUGGUCAGCUACCUCCGGGCCCAGCCUGCAGGGAAUGCCGCUCCGCCCCAGGCAUAGGGCCCGGGCGGGUGGCCAGCUCAGCCACGGGCACCGCAUGAAAUGCUGGCCCCACUGCAGUCAAUGGCCAUUUUGCCGUUAACUUCAAUGGAGCCAGGAUUCCACCCCAAGUCUUUCUACGGCAACCCGUGACCCAUCCUCCAGGCAGCUGCAGCCUUGUUGGUCUCUUGCGGGGCGAGCAGGGACUGCGCUGGCUGAGAGGGAAGGUUCAGGGGCUGUGGUAGAAAACAGCUGCGCUGCUUGGUUCCAGUCAAAGCACAGAGUGUGCAAAGAUAACCCACUUCUGCACGAAUAGAUUUAUACUCAGCUAGGAUACGGUCAUAUUCCGUUUAUAGAGAGCUGCUAAAUAGCUGCAUUGGCGGGCAAGGGGCAGGUUUUCGCUUAUUGUGUUACAAUUUUAAAAAAAUAUUGAAAAGCACUUCAGACAAACAUCGCUUCAAAAACUUUAAGAAGGAAGAACUCUUGUUCAAACAAAUUAAAACAAAGUUCAUAAAGAAAACAGAUUAGGAGUUGGUAAAGUAGCACUGUAUGUAGGAGGUGUCCUGCCUGCCUGCAACCCCCAGCUGGUAGCACUCCAGUGAGUGUGUUGUCUAAGAUUUAUCCACCUUAUAACCGAACGGUAUGGGGUACCUUUUCAGAAUGCAGGGAGGACCAUGAGACUGAUCUAAUUCCCUGUUAACAUCAAUGGAAAGAAUCCCAUAGUCGUGUUGGCAGCCUGAUUCCAUUUCUAUUAAACCCUUCAAGAAGGCAACAUAAUUUCCCAGCACAGAUACAUUAAGAAAUACAUUGUCACACAAAAAAGCAUCAGUUGCAAGUGUAGCCAUCAGGGCGUGACUCAAAGUGGUGGAAAUAAAUGAGCGUCUCCUCCCGCCACGUCAAUUGGUUUUUAAUUAAGCCCUUCAUUUACUGUGACGUCUAUGCGAUUCCUCGAAAGAUGUUAAAUAACCUGCAUUACAGCUAGAAGCCCUUGAAUCUAGAGCAGGACAUGUCGAUGAGCCGUCAAUAUUUUCCCCUGGUUAUAUAAUGCAUUAUAUAAGAAAUAAAUACAUGCAUAGCACAAUCAUAAUAAAUAGCUUCAUCGGAAGUUUGUAUGCAGUAUGUAACGUUUAAGGAGCCUAUCCUGCAAGCUGCUGAAUGCUUUCAAUGUUUACUUAAAAGGCCAUUCAGCACCUUAAAGGAGUGGAACUUGCAUUUUACUCUGAUGUUUAUUGGAUGACAACCUUUCCUUAGCUCUGCUCUGUUACAGUCAGAAAACGCUGGCUGGUCCAUUUGCUCAGCAUUGGUAACGGGAUUAUGGGCCCUUAAUCCCAUACCUACUGACAUUAAUGGGAAUCUUUCCCUGGAUACCAAUAUACAUUGGAUCAGGCCCUCUAGGCGAACCAAAUGAUUUGAAUAUUAGCUUCUUAUGGAGCUAACAUUUUACCUCUGGAGAGCGACUAUUUCCCAUUACCACGAAGGGAGACAUAUGUACGUGAACAUGAGAGGUGUUUGUGUACAGUUAUUUUAAGUAAGGGACUGAACUGGGAGGAUUCUGGUGUUUAGAUUAAAAAACCCAAAUUAUAAAAACACCACACUAUGGCCUAAAGAACCUUUACAUUCCUUAUUAUCCACCAAGAGAAUCUUCCCCGAGAGAUGAAGCAGCAGGCGCGUAUGUUGUAUAUCAUCAUCAUCACGGGGGGGAGGGGAGAAUGUUGUAUUCAGCAUAUUAAAUUCUUAGAUAAACUAGUGUUGUUUCUGUGAAUAGUACUAGACCCCUCUCAUAACAUGAUUCAAAAUACGCAAGUUGAUUGAUUGGUUUCUGUACUGAAGUGAUCGAGCAAUGCUAAAUCACACAGGAAUGCUUUUAUUCAUAACAGUACUAGAAUAGGCAGCUUUGCAGUCUGAUUGGGGGUUGGACUAGAUGACCUCCUGAGGUUCCUUCCAACCCUGAGAUUCUAUGAUUUUAUUUAGAUUUUAAUUAGAUCCCUCACACUAUGAGGAAUGUGAGUAACUUUUCCCGUCUAAUUUUACUUUUGUAUACACCCAAAUUAAUUAUCCCAUUCUAAUUCCCACCAGUAGGGAAACUGUGAAAACACAGAUUCAGAAGCCUUUAAAAAUUACGAAUUUUAUACUAGCAAUGUGAACGUGUAUCGCUAGAAAAUAUUCCUGUUAUGAAAUCAAUAGUGCUUUGCCAUUAAUGGUCCCAAUCCUGGUUCCAUUGAAAUUAUUACGGAGUUUUGUUUUUAAAAUUCACAAAUAAGCAAUGGACACAAGCAACAGGGCCAUCCAAUGCAACAGCAGAAGAGCGUGUGAAUGUUUGUUGUUACUGAUAUCUGCACACCAGCUUCCCCCCAAAAGGAAAUUAAUGAAAGAACAGUUUAUACAUGCGAUGGUGUAUAGCUUCUGCUUCCUAUCCAGUACUGCUUAAGCUGAUUAAGUAGCUGUUAUUGUUUACGUGCAAAAUAUUAAAGUGGGUUAUCAGAAAGUGACGAUUAUUUUAUGUUUGCAUUAGUGUCCUAGGUUGGGCGCAAGAUGUUAGAGAGACGAGGGAAUACCCUGUACGGGCUCUUCUGAUGGCCAAGAGACAAGCUUUGGAGUUUACAUAGAAGUUGGUCCAAUACAAGAUAUUCCCUCACCCACCUUGUCUCUCAGUGUUGUUAAACAUUCUAAUACACAAUUCUAUAUAUAUUAGUUGAGAUUCUAUUACAGAUAGGUUGUCGGAAAGCUAAUAAAAUGUCAAAUUGAA